AUCACCUAGAGAGUAUUUCUGGCUAUGGUGACCUGUACCAAAGAAAUAAAAAGAUGCAGAGGAUCCUCUGCAAUUCUUACAUCAAUGUUAUCCGCUUCUGGCAUAGAGUUGAUAAAGAAUGCACUAAGUCAGGUCAGAUCGAAGUUUGUAUAUGAUAACCGAGCUUGAUCUGACAUGAAGCUUAGGGCCAAAGCUCGGGACACCCUUUAGCACAAAGAAGUUGGGGGGCAUCAUAAGUGACAUGCGUGAGGACGCGGUGAAGAUUAAAGAAUGCGCCUCCCUCCUUGGUGCCCAGGAAUCAAGGGACGAAUGUGUCGCUAAUAAAGUGGCCAGACGGGAGGCAGAAGAAGAGAGGAUCAAGGCAGAAGAACACCGGGAGUUGGAUAAGCUGGUCACUGUCUUGGAUCGGCUGCCAUCGAAAUCCUUGAACGAGCAGAGUUUCGCACGGCAAGAGAAGAACUUACGUGACCGCAGCCAAAACACUUGUCAAUGGCUGUUUUCCCAUGACGAUUUUCUCCAAUGGCAGAACAAUCCCUCAUCACCACCGAUCCUGUGGAUCCAUGGCCCGCCUGGAUCCGGGAAAUCGACUCUGUGUUCGAGCGCCAUCGAAUUCCUCGCCAAAAGCUCGGGAUUGGAUGUAGUGAUUUUUCACUUUUAUGACUUUGCGCAGCAUCUUCCUCCAGAGCAGACAUUAUCUAUUCUCGCAGAACAACUCCUCCUUCAAUAUCACCAGCGUCUACAGAAAAUUCCGGAUGAAUUGUUGAAAAUCAUCCACGCGCCCGGAUCUCUCCGUGAAAGAGUUCAGAACAUCAUCACGGUAUUGAUCAAGGAAUGCUCGAGGGUUUACUUCUUCCUCGACGGCCUGGAUGAAGAGACUACGAAUUCAUGGGAUGAUGCUGUAUUGGUGCUUCGUUUUCUUACCAAGCUCGCGGACGAUUCUCCUAGCAGAGUUCGUGUCUGGUGUAGUACCCAGCGCCGGGACUGCAUUAGCGAGGAGCUCCAAGGGUGUUGUAGCAUCGACAUUGAUUUUUUCGCGAAAUGCGAUCUCGCCCUGUACCUAUCAGAAGAGGUCUCCAAGCUUCAGUGCUCGAGUCCUCCUGACCAAGCUUGUAUCCUGGAGACGCUGAAAAGCCGUGCGGAAUGCAGCUUUAUUUGGGCGAAGUUCAUGAUAGAUGCCCUUGGAAAGUGUUGGUCGACGAGUACCAUGGAAAGCAGUCUAAAGAAGCUCCCACCAACUCUCGUGGAAUAUUAUCGCACAUUUUUCAAGCGCCUGGAGCGGCCCCACCGUCCGCUGGCUUGCAAAAUUUUUGCACUCGUUGUUUUUGCUCGACGUCCUUUGCGAUUGUCAGAACUUACCGAGGCUGUAUGGUGCUUAGAGAGUGAGCCCCACAAAGACCUCCAGCAGAAGGCCAAGCCGAAUACCAACAGCAUCCGUACCAUAGUCCAACCCUUCAUCGAAUUGAUGAAGACUAACAAGACAGAUGAUUCUAGCACCGAGGAUCAGUAUACCUGUCAUAUCCUACACUCCACCCUGCGCGAUUUCCUUCUGAACCAUCCAGAUAUCUUGUGUGACGAUUCCUCAGAUCUUCGCAUUAGCGCUGAUUGGCCGGCUCGCGCUUGCUUGCGUUAUUUAGGUCAAACUAGAUAUUCCGGCCUACUAGUCAGACGGGAGGGAAGGUGGCUUGACAUCAAGGGAGACCCAGUGGAUCGUCACCCUUUGCUUGUAUACGCAGCCAAGUACUGGGAUAAGCACCUUGACGACGUUGCCAUCCAGGAACCUGGCAAUGUUGAGUCCUUCGUCACUUCUCCUAACUUCCGGACAUGCGUGCAGGUCCAGAGCCUAUGGGUAGAAGCACAGUUUUCCUUUUUCUCUCGUCCCAAUGAGAGCCAUGGCUUCAACUUAAAUGUUCGGCGGGUGUUCCCGUCGUGGUUCGCACGAGCUCAAACCGGACCGGGUGAAAAGCUUUGGACGGACUACCGCCGAUUCCUGCAUGAGUGGAUUUAUUUCCUCAGCUGCGGACAGUGUGGUGGGGAAAAGACAUGCGAAAUAUUGCCAUACAUCGGACAAUUGGAUCGCAUAUGGUUCGGGGCGCUUGGUUUGAACAAUUUCCUAUCUCGAUUGGAGGGCAGAUGCACAAGUUUUGCUUUCCAAACGGAUGUUAAUUCUGAUGAUGUUCAGUAUGUUUUUGAUGCGGUCAAUGAGGCGGGAGAUGAAAUCAUGAUAUUACGGAUACAGGUAUCAAAGCCAAAAGCUCGUGUCAACAGGAUAUCCAUCCUCAAAUGCUCUUGCGAGAGCUGGAUUCUAUCUAACGAACACCCCCCAAAUCUCAAGAAGAAGCAGACUAUACAACUUACUACCAGUAGUUGCAACUGGGACUUGUACGCAAAGUCCGUAACCGACCCUGCCUUACAGACAGGCAAGGCUGCGCCAGCUGCUUUUGGACCAGAUUGUCAAACCCUCCGGAUUGGCACCCGGCUGUAUUACAGGCGAGCCGAUAAUGGCACAUUUGUCGCCAUUCCUGGGCAAUACUUUCUGUGCGAUCCACGCUCCAUCUACAUCGAGGAGUUUGCACGCCAUCGUCAGUUCCUCGUUCUCACUUCCCGGGCGAAUAUUUCCAAAGGAGAUCUCAAAGUGACCCGGAACAAAGCAGACGGGGCGGGCGAUGAAGACGACAACCUAGAUACAGGUACCGAUGAAGAUUCACGGGUAGGAGGGGAUGAACUCGAUGCGGAUUCAGAAGAUGAAGACAGUUCAAUAGUGAUUGCAUCAGAUUCGGAAGGGGAUGAACUUGACGAGGACCCAGAAGAUGAAGACAGUUCAAUAGUGAUUGCAUCAGAUUCAGAAGGGGAUGAACUUGACGAGGACCCAGAAGAUGAAGACAGUUCCAUAGAGACCGCAUCAGAUUCAGAAAAUGAGUUCGAUGGUGGAACUGAGUCGGAAGACUCGGGCAACGAGAGCACAAGUGAAGGCAGCACCGAUACCUCCGCUAAUUUUGAAUUAGAGGACGAUAUACUCCCUCCAUGGGCCACUCACUUUGGCAGCGAAGACAUGGACACGGACAACGAGAGCUGUCGUUCCUUUGAUAUCAGUGGUUUCGGUGUUGACAUUGAUGCCGAGGACCGCGAUGACAUUUCCGAUCAAGAAGAGGAUUUAGAAAGUAGUUCCGAUGAAGACGAUGCUAUCCCAUCUGAGGUGUUCGACAAUAACCUCUUUCGCGACGAGGAACAAUACGACUGGGAGGGACUGUCGAGUAAACGCGCAGAGAAGCGAAAGGCUCGAGCAACCAUCACUGUGUUUGACACUCAAUCGUGUAGUCGUCUCUUCCGCCUGAGGCGGCCAAUCAAGUGUAGACUGUUUGCUUCGCCGCCUGUCUUCCACCCCACGAAGUCCCUGGUCGUCUGGCCACUUGCCGAUGGCGAUGUCUUGUUUGUGGAUUACUUGGCUAAAACGUACUUCACCCGGCGGCUGCAGCCAUCAACCCCGCACACGGGUCAUGUCUUCAUGAAAAUCCAUUUUUCUAAAUGUGGUGAAUUUUUGCAUAUCGCCACCCUUGAAGCACAAGGGAAGGCUGCGGAAAUGAAGAAGGACUCAGAACCCUUGCCUCCUAUCAAACUAGCUGUCCUCGUGUGCACAUACCGUCUCUCUCGGAGAAAGACUGCCAGGUCACCCCCGAAGCAGAUCCAUCGCAUGAAGUUAGCGUUAGGCCAAACCACACGGCUGCACGUAUCAAUGAUGCCAUUCACGUUGACUUGGACAUCGAGGGACCUCUACUUCAGUUGCAGCAAAAGGUCGCUGCAAAUUUACCGCAUUCCGUUGUUCAGUACAACAGAAGAGAAGGCUGAGGAGGAUCUACAGCCCGUGUGGACGCCUCGGAAGCCAUUCUUUCUCCCACACAGUGCAAGCAACCGAACGGUAUACUAUUUCCCUCCCACGGAGAACAAGAGCGGCAAGGAGCAAUUACCCGCACGCAUCCUCAUCGGAAGCGACUUUACAGCAUUGAAGGAUAUUAAACCGAGUGAAGCUGAAGAGGAAUACGGCGUUUUGUUAGUGAAACGCGUCAUCGAGCACUCUGCUGGCAAAAGAGGAGAAUUUCAUCCACCUAUUGGGUGCUAUGUCGAUGAAGACACCAACCUCGGCGGAUGGGUUGAUUCUCAUGCCCGCGCAAGUAUUUUACAAGAUCACGGCGUUGGCCAUUUAGACCCUCACAUGCCAGUGGAAAACUUCAAUCCCGAUGAUGAUUGUGACUUGGAACCGUUCAUCUAUUGAUUAUACCAACACUGGGAACUAGAGCAGCACUUACAAUGUUGAUACCAGUUUCAGAAUUCAUGUACUUACUCAGUCUCCAUAUGUCAAGUAUGCCGAUUCAUUCUUCCUCUAAAUGUAGUUGAACUCCAG